AAUCGCAAUUUUGACUGUCUGGAGGCCACAGCUGCUCGACUAAACGUUGAAACCUCAGCUGCUAACCUAAACGUUAGCAGGUGCUGAGGGACAUGUGUCUCUCUCCCUCUCGCUCAAAAAGCUAGGGUUCAUCGAUUCGGCAACGACUUGGAACCAAACAAUCUAAACCCGAGGAUUAUUUGUAGUAUCUUAGAUUUCCAGAUACUGUAAUUAAUAGCGAAAAGACUGAGAGGAGCUGGCUGUUUCAAAAUCGAAAGACAUCUUGUGAACUUGCGAUUCAGAUUUCGUGUCACUGUUGUACAAGUGCUUUUACACUUACACCAUCAACAUUAGGAGAGAUACUCAACAAUACACGAGCUAAUUUGGUAUAGCGACAUAGAAAUGCCUAAGGAGAGAAGAGAUCGUUCUGUGUCUUUUGAUAGAUCAAGGGCAUCUCCUUUCCCAUGCAGUUCUAGUCGCUCACGGCACUUAUUGCCCAAAAACCCAUUGGAAAGUGAUGAAAAUGCAAAAGAAUGGGAAGAAGCCCGUUGUCCAGUCUGUAUGGAACAUCCUCAUAAUGCUAUUCUCCUUUUAUGUGCAUCUCAUGAGAAAGGAUGCCGUCCCUUUAUGUGUGAUACAAGUUACCGCCAUUCAAAUUGUUUUGAUCAGUUUCGCAAGUCAUUUGGAGAAGCUUCAUCAACUACACUGCAGCGAGAAGAAGCACCUAUAUUGGCUUCUCACUUGGCGUCCACCUCAAUGAUCUCGGAACCACCAGUUACGGCUUUAAAUGUUGAAAGAAGGGAGGGAGGGCCUGCAUCACUGGAAGCAGUGUCUUGCGAAGAUGAAAUAAAGUCAAAGUUGGUGUGCCCUUUGUGCCGUCAGCAGAUCCAUGGGUGGAUGGUUGUGGAGUCCGCUCGUCAUUUUAUGAAUGCGAAAUCAAGAAGCUGUGCUUGUGAAACCUGUGAUUUCAAUGGCGCGUACAGAGAUUUGCGGAAGCAUGCAAGACAGGAACAUCCUCUUGCGCGGCCAACAGAGGCUGAUCCAGAGAGGCAACGCAAUUGGAGGAGGUUGGAGCAGCAGAGAGAUUUAGGAGAUUUGCUCAGUACCCUGCAAUCAUCCAUUGGAGAAGAACGGAGUGAAGAAAGUUCUUUACCUUUCGAUGAAGGGGGUUGGCUUACUGUCUUUUUCCUUAUCCGAAUCCUGCGACCUGGGAGUGCCUCAAGGAGCAGUAGCUGGUCUGGUUCUUCAAGGACCAGGGCUCAUGUCACAAUCAGAAGAAGACCAUCAAGAAGGCUUUGGGGGGAGAGCUAUGAUUGGGAAACAGAUUCCAGGGAUGAUGAUAAUGAAACUUCAGAUGGUGGAUCAGGACUCUGGGCACAUCGUGAUAGAGUACAACGAAGACCCACUUCAGACGAUUAGUCUUUGAGUGGAAAGUGUUGCACUAGAUUCCAUUCUUUCCCUUCGCAUUACUGUAAUAGGUACUGCGGUCAGCAGAAAAUGCACCUUGUACUUAAACACGGUUCUGCUUCUUUAUGUUAUCAACUUAUCUGUAAACACCCUGUUGUUUUGGUUAACUAUUUGCUUAUCUUUCAGGUGCAAAGGGGAAGCACUGGAAAUAACUGUCAGGUGCCCAAGAUUGCUGUUUGGCAUCUCGUGUUUUGUGAGAGAGGAAGUAAAAAAAAAAAAAAUUUGUAAUUCCUACUUUUGAAUUAUGAUUUAUACCAUUCACUUGCUUUUUGAAUCUUCUGUAGAUUUUUGGUCUACAGAUAUUUUCGUGUUAUCUGUAAUUGUUAAAUUAAAGUAAUUGAACACAUCAUCAU